CUUUCAUUGGCCAUUUCGGUAGUAACAUUCAACAUUCAACACCACCAUCUGUCUGCAACAACCACACCACACCCAGCGACAGAUUAAAAAUCAAAAGAGAGAGAAGAUACAUAUAACAUAUAUAUAUAUAUAUAGAGAGAGAGACACACACACGCACACACAUAUAGAAAAAUGGCGAAUUUGUAUGUGAAAGCUGUGCCACCGACGGAUCUGAACAGGAACACCGAAUGGUUCACGUACCCUGGGGUGUGGACGACCUACAUACUCAUCCUCUUCUUCUCAUGGCUCGUCGUCCACUCCGUCUUCGGUUGCUCCCCUGGCAUGGCCUGGACCAUCGUCCAUCUCUGUCAUUUUCUCGUUACGUAUCAAUUCUUUCAUUGGAAGAAGGGGACACCAUUUGCUGAGGACCAGGGUAUCUACAAUAGGUUGACUUGGUGGGAGCAAAUAGAUAGUGGGAAGCAGCUAACUCGCAAUAGAAAGUUUCUCACUGUUGUACCUGUGGUCCUGUACUUGAUAGCCUCACACACGACUGACUACCAACACCCUAUGCUAUUCUUCAACACACUGGCAGUUUUUGUGUUGGUGGUUGCCAAGUUCCCACACAUGCACAAGGUCCGUAUUUUUGGAAUCAAUGCGGAUCAGUGAGUCAAGGUCCGCUCAAACAAUGCAAAUUACAUUUAAAACUCUAGUUACAAUGUUUUGAUCACUGUGGCGUUUUCCAUGUAAUGAGAUUAUCCCUGUACAGAUGUUGAUACUGUAAAGGGUGUAUUAUUUUUCUUCUUAUUAAGCAAUUUUCACUUGGUAACAUGAUAUCUUUGUAGAAGCUGAAUUUUCUGGAAUUGCUCAAAUAUACACAGUCUCUGUCACUUAACUUUCGAAAAACACUAAA